AUGAGCAACCUCAUCUCCUGUGUAUCAUGGGUAAAACGCGGCGUUUCAGCCCACCAGCCUUCCAAAUACGUCCUUGAUGAAAAGGAACUCGAGCGCGUCAGUGCACUCGCACGUAUCGAGCUUGAGGAUGCGCGGAUAGAGAUCGAGCGCGCGCACAAUGCUGCUAAGGGUAUGGGUAAGGGGGCAGAAGGUGCUGAGGCGGAUGAUGCGGAUGGGGAUGGUGAUGAGGAUGCAUGGGUCGACGAGGAGGAUGUAUCAAUGGAGGUGGAUGGGGCUGUACAGUAUAAGUUGGAUGAGUAUGACGAGGAUGAUGUUAAAGAAGAUGGCAUGGGUCCAUUCAGCAAUAUUAAAGGACUUACGUUUUAUAGAGAUAACCGGGACGAUCCAUACAUCACACUGAAAGACGAUGCUGAAGAUGAUGAGCGUUCAGAACUCGAGGUCCUCCCAACAGAUAACCUCCUAGUCACCGCAAAAACCGAAGAUGAUGUCUCCCAACUCGAGAUCUACGUCUACGAUGAAUCCCAAGACAACCUCUAUGUCCACCACGACCUCAUGCUCCCCAACUUCCCCCUCUGCCUCGAAUGGCUAGACUUCCCACCCGCAUCCUCAGAAAUGCAAACCGAUACCCCACCAAAAUUCGGAAACUACAUCGCAGUUGGUACGCUCGAUCCUGAAAUCGAAAUAUGGUCACUAGACGUCAUGGAAAGCAUGUACCCCGACAUGAUCCUCGGCAGACCUGAUAAAACAGCCGCACACGUACCCGUCCCAGCGGGCACAGGUAAAAAGAAGCGCAAAAAGACAAAACACCGUCCUUCAUCGGACACAUACCACGUUGACGCUGUCCUCGGACUCUCAUGGAACCGCACCCAUCGACAUAUGCUAGCGAGCGCAUCUGCGGAUCGUACAGUGAAGCUAUGGGAUUUGUCUCGUCCGAUCGUAGAUGGUGAGGGUGCAAUAAGGAGCUUUGGGGUGCACAAGGAUAAGGUCCAAGCUGUGCAAUGGAACGAGAAAGAACCGACGGUGCUUCUAUCUGGAAGUUAUGAUAGGACGGUUCGGGUGUUUGAUUCUAGGGCGCCGGAUACGGGUGUUGGGGCCGUGCUUGGUGCUGAUGUCGAGGCUUUACGAUGGGAUCCUUGGGAAACGCAUGCGUUUUAUGUCUCAUUAGAAAAUGGUCUCGUGCUCAACUUUGAUGCUCGCGCACUCCCAACGGAUAUGAAAUCUCCUUCGCCUGCACGGUUUACACUCUCUGCUCAUGAUGGCGCCGUAUCGGCUCUUGAUGUCAGCCCAUUGCUGCGGGGUUGUAUAUGCACGGGAGGAACGGACAAACUCGUCAAAGUGUGGAACGUAGACCAGACCGCUGGAGGCAAGCCUGCUGUGAGCAUGGUUGCGUCGAGAGAUAUGGAAGUGGGCAAAGUCUUUUCAGCGGUGUUUUCGCCGGACGAUCCCCUUACGAUCGCUGCAGCGGGCUCUAAAGCAAAACUACAGAUAUGGGAUGUUGGCGCCAACUCUGGCGCACGGAGAGCAUUCGCUUCGAAGCUCAGCGAAGCCGGGCGCGUUCUGAAGGAAAAAGAAGGUGGAGGGUUAGUAGGCCUCGUCAACGAUGACGAAACGAGUGAAGACGAAGGGGACGAGGAUGACUGA